UUCUUGAAUUAGGUAUAUUUAUUUACACACUACAUUGAUGCUGAUCUCGUUAUUUAUUAGUCAGUAUCACACUUUACAUUCUGCUCAACAAUUUAUUUAAGCAAAAAGAAUAACAUUAUGUAAGGAAAUCGUUACAUGAACAUUUCAUGACGAAUUUUUUUGAUUGAAUUGAACACAUUGUAAAAAAGAAUUAAGUAUAUGAAAAUAAUAAAUAAAAUAAUACGCACCAACUUACUGACAGAAGUAAUAAUAAUAUAAUAAUAAUGAAUUGAAAUUGUUUAGACGUAAAUGAAAACGAUAUUAGGUAACUAACAAACUUAGGUAUCCAUUUAAAUAGAUUAGAACAGGUUAUUGUGAAAGAAAGAUGAAGAAGAAAUAAUUGUUAUUCAAGUAAACUUAAAUUUAAGCAUUUUUGAAUAGUAAUUUUUAAAGAAUUUAUCGGCCAUUCGGAAUGUAAUUUUAGUUAAAAAGAACGGGCAAAAAACUCAGCUUUUGCUUUUUUCAUAGUUGAAUAAACUAUAAAUUUGUGUGAAUUCAAUCUACUAAGUAGUAUCAGAUCCUAAAAUUUAAGAUAUUAGCAUAUAAUAAUAAUAUAAUUAAUAAAUAAUUGGAACACCUUAUUAAAAUAAAUCAGUUGCAGUAACCAGAGCAAACAAGUCCCUACAGGCAACACCUGUUCAUAUUUAUAACGUAUUAGCUAGCCAUCAUUGUGUUGAACCACACUUAGGGAACUUAAUAACUUAGCUUACCACGCUACCACCUGUCUGAACAUUUUAGAGAGCAAAGCAGGUCAUUAAGUCCCUCAUCUCGAAUUGCACAAGAAUUAACCACGAUGCUUUCCAGAGGGGACCCCGUGGAGGUCGACGUGGUGUCAAUGGGGCUGUUAGACCUACAUUCAUUCUACAUACUAUAAACAGUGACAAUAUUAAAUUUCUUUGUAGUUAGUCAUAUUUGUUUAGUUUGUUUGUAGAUAACGGGAAUCGUAUUUAUAAUUAUAUUUUUUCUCUAACUACAUAAUUACCUCUCGAAUUUUUCUAGUGUUUCCAUCAUGCGAGAGAAUACUGAUAAAAAGUUACUGUCACCCACUGUGUCGAAGUAGCUACCAAUGGGCCAAUGGUCCAGGUGGUGACCCCACAGUCGACCGCCGGAUGGAGUAAGCGGACAUUGUCCGGUAAGACACGCUUGAGUGGUGCGCGCGGUCUGUUGCGCCGAUCUUUCACCUGCGCAAUAUUGACGCCUAUAAAACCUUGUCAUUGCAAUUUUGUGACGUUACUUUCAUCCCACCUCAAACGCGAAAUACAACUCAACAUCGUGAGGAGUUGUGGGCUUUAAGAAACUAAAUUUGGGUUUAUACCCAUACUGAAAAAUGUUUAGAUUCGGAUGUCUGUUAUUAGUGUGGGCGAUAUGUGACGGUGUAUAUUCCAGCCAGCAAGAAGAUAAGGGUUUCGUUCAACCUUUGGAUUUUUCUUCCUUAUUUGAAUCUAGUGAUUCUGGCGGUACAUCGCUGGCUUCGAAACCUGUUGCCGCGGCGAUACUUAAUAUAGAUAAGAGCAAAUAUCCACAAUUAUUCGACACUGUAGUCAGUAGUUCUAUUGAUUCGUUGCAAACUCGUCUCGCUCCGGUAGAGAGCGGCUUUUCUGCUGAACAUUUCGGUUUCAAUCCCAUUGCUAGCAAAACUUUUUAUCCACAAGUGAAUUCAGCGAAAUUAGUUGAACGUUCAAAACAAAAUCAAAAACAGCAACAACAUUUAGUUCCCAUCGGGCAACAACUUGGCCCUUUACGAUAUGAUAUUAGAACUGUACACGAUGCCGAUUACAAGGUAUACAAACCCGAAGAAAAAGAACACGGUGAAGAAAUUUUAGCAGCAUUGAAGAAAAAUCCUUCAGUUGCAGCAUAUUUUCAACCCUCAGUUACAAAUGUUGAAGUGUCCCAUCCCUUGAAUUAUCGUAAAGAAGAAUUGGUAGAAAGUUCUGAAAAUGAUCAAAACUACAAGCCAAAUGCUUAUAUUGCAGGACCUGCACGUAUACGACGGUACACAAGUGGAAGGCAGAGAGAAAAUUUGAAAAAGAGCAGCCACGAGGAUGAGGAUCCAUAUGAUUAUAAAGCUGAAUAUAUUUCAAAACCCAAGGCUUUUGAUAGUGAACUUUAUAGCAGCGCCUAUAAAGAAGAAAAAAAUCCUAAAAAAGAUUAUGAGUAUCCUUACGACUAUGACUCCGGAUAUGAUCACAAAGAAUAUGAGAGAAUAAAGGAGUUAUCUGAGCAACAAGCUGCAGAAAUAAAAAGAAAUCCUGGUAACUGUAAAGAAGUUAAGAAAGAUGACAUGACUUGUAUGAUAUGUAAAGAUCCCAAAACUGGAGGAAACUAUGAAUCCUGUUCUUAUGUCGCGGAACCUAAAAACAAUAAAUAUGCAUAUUCGAAAGAAAAAAAGUUUGACAGCAAUGAUGAACCUGACGAACCAGAGAGUGAUCAAAAACAGGAGCAGCCAUCAAAGUCGGCAAAAUACGAAGUAGCUAAAGAUAGUCACGAGGAUCACGGCACAGACCCCGAAAAACCAUAUAGUCAUUACAAAAACGAAAAUAAGGAUGAAGAUAAUCCCAAAGACAACUAUAAAGCUUAUUAUGUGCAUACAUCUAAACCAAAGCCGAGUGAAGCGUUGCGAGCGUCAACCGAAAAGGAGAGUUCAGAGGAACAUACUGAUUCGUUAGCUAAACCAUACAAUUACAAACAGGCUUUACCAGGGUUCUACUCUGAUAAUGAACCCAAGAAGGAUGUAGAGCAUGUAUUAGCUGAAUUUAAAAAAAAAGAUAGAUCUGCUUGCAAAAAAGUGCAGAAAAAUGGAAUGACAUGCUUCCAAUGUCUUGACAAAUCUGGUUUGAAACACGAAGAAUGUAUGUUUGUGUCUGAAUCUGCACCAAAACGGAGCCACCUUGCUUAUCAAGAACUCAAAGAAUUUACAUCCAAACCUGCGACUAUUGACGGAGGUAGUGAAGGUGCCGAGAGCCAAACAGUUACUACAAGUGCACCGCCAGGCCAACAAAAAUCCGCUGCUUAUGUUGUAGCUAAUACCGGUUACGGUAAGAAGUUAAAACGCAAGAAAACUCCUCAAGCCGUUUUAACUGUCGCUGCAUCCAAUCCUGUAGUUAGUUCUGCUGCUCAUAAUGCUAGAUCCACCCAACAAAUAACGACAGCGCAACGUUCAAAGAGAAGUGUAGCAUCAGAAGGCGAAGCUAGGGCAAUUAUUGUUGAUGAAACUAACAUAGCCGCACCUGAAGAAUUUGCAGGUGAUAGCUCCAAGGGUGCUUUCUGGGCAGAAACUAUGCCUCGAUAUAGUGCAACUUUAGGAGUAACUUUGCCUGAGUACAUGCUUUCAAGGUCAGAACACGAAGCUUCAUUUGACGAACUUGUCGCUGGCGUGUAGAGAUUAAGACUACUUGUUUAGGCAAUUCCAGAACAGUAUUAAUAGAGCGUGUCGAUUGUAAAAUCAUUUAAAAUCGAAACAGAAGGUACGGGUAAUAGAUAUUUGUUACGUAACUAAAUAAGAUUUCACAGAUAGACGUGCCGCUAAUAAGCAUGAAGUUUCAAAACAAGUCGGAAAGAAUUGGAACUAAAAAAAAUAAGUAGAAAGUUGUUAACGUUAUGUUAUGGUUGUUGACUGUAAUACAGCAGGCGACAUUAUGUGAUAUUGAUGCAAUAUAAUAAAUACUUAAUUAUGUUGUUGAAUUUUGUACAUGGACUGCCAAUAUUAUUUGAUAUUUGUUAACUAGUUUUAGAUUCAAUAUUAAAUUGGAUAUUUUUAUCA